GGUUAUAGUUAUCUUCUCUCUUUUCGCAGGAAAAUUAAAAAAAUACACUCUUCUUCUUCUUCUUCUUCUUAGUGCUCGCGCGGCCGCUCUUCUUUUCAGGCUAUAGCGGGCAGUGUUAAGAAUUUGAAAGAAACCAUGGCAAAUUUUGCUAAACCGGAGAAUGCGUUGAAGCGAGCAGAAGAGUUGAUUAAUGUUGGGCAGAAGCAAGAUGCUUUGCAGGCGCUUCACAAUCUAAUAACUUCAAAGAGAUACAGAGCUUGGCAAAAGCCACUUGAAAGGAUAAUGUUCAAAUAUGUAGAGCUGUGUGUUGACAUGCGGAAGGGUCGAUUUGCGAAGGAUGGACUGAUUCAAUACCGUAUUGUAUGUCAACAAGUGAAUGUUAGUUCUUUGGAGGAGGUGAUCAAGCACUUCAUGCAUCUUUCUACUGAGAAAGCUGAGCAGGCUCGUAGUCAGGCACAAGCCCUGGAAGAAGCGCUUGAUGUUGAUGACCUUGAAGCUGAUAAAAGGCCAGAAGAUUUGAUGCUAAGCUACGUGAGUGGGGAGAAAGGAAAGGAUAGGUCUGAUCGUGAACUUGUUACCCCUUGGUUCAAAUUUCUCUGGGAGACCUAUAGAACAGUUCUUGAAAUAUUGCGGAACAAUUCCAAGUUAGAGGCGCUCUAUGCGAUGACAGCGCAUCGGGCAUUCCAGUUUUGCAAGCAGUAUAAACGGUCAACAGAAUUCAGAAGGUUGUGUGAGAUUAUAAGGAAUCAUUUAGCAAAUCUAAAUAAAUAUAAAGACCAAAGGGACAGACCUGACCUGUCAGCCCCAGAGAGCUUGCAACUGUAUCUUGAUACAAGAUUUGAGCAGCUGAAGAUUGCGACUGAACUUGGGCUCUGGCAGGAAGCUUUUCGUUCUGUUGAAGAUAUUCAUGGAUUGAUGUCCAUUGUCAAGAAAACUCCUAAGGCUUCUUUGAUGGUGGUUUAUUACGCCAAGUUAACUGAAAUAUUUUGGAUUUCAGCCAGCCAUCUUUAUCAUGCUUAUGCAUGGUUAAAGUUAUUUACACUUCAAAAAAGCUUUAAUAAAAACUUAAGCCAGAAGGAUUUGCAGUUGAUAGCAUCAGCAGUUGUUUUGGCUGCACUGUCAGUCUCCCCUUAUAAUCAAACUAGUGCUGCAUCGCACCUGGAACUUGAAAAUGAGAAAGAGCGCAACCUUCGAAUGGCAAAUCUUAUAGGAUUUAAUCUUGAACCUAAACUUGAGAACAGAGAAGUGCUUUCAAGGUCAUCACUUCUUACAGAACUGGUCUCCAAAGGUGUACUUAGCUGUGCAACUCAAGAAGUGAAAGAUCUUUACCAUAUCUUGGAACAUGAAUUUCUUCCUCUGGAUGUUGCGUCAAAGAUACAGCCUCUGUUGAUAAAAAUAUCAAAACUUGGUGGGAAGCUGGCUUCAGCUUCAUCAGUACCAGAAGUUAAACUCUCUCAAUAUGUUCCUGACCUUGAAAAGCUUGCUAGCCUCAGGUUGCUUCAGCAGGUGUCCCAGGUUUACCAGACAAUGAAAAUUGAGAGUUUGUCUCAAAUGAUCCCCUUUUUUGAUUUUUCUAUGGUGGAAAAGGUUUCCGUUGAUGCCAUCAAACAUAAUUUCAUAGCUAUGAAAGUUGAUCACAUGAAGGGUGUUGUGCUGUUUGAUAAUAUGGGUCUGGAAUCUGACAAGCUUCGUGAUCACCUGACUAUUCUCGCUGAAUCUUUGAAUAAAGCAAGAGCCAUGAUAUACCCCUCUGCCAAGAGAGCAUCAAAGCUGGGUGAAGUUUUACCAGGUUUAGGGGAGAUCGUAGAUAAGGAACACAAAAGGCUUCUUGCUCGGAAAUCAAUCAUUGAGAAAAGAAAGGAAGAGCAAGAACGCCAACUACUGGAAAUGGAACGUGAGGAGGAGUCAAAGCGGCAGAUGUUGCAGAAGAAAACUGAAGAAGCAGAAAAAAAGAGGCUUGCUGCUAUGUUUGAGCAACAGCGAGCUGAAAGAAUUCGUAAGGAAAUAGAGGAGCGGGAGCUUGAAGAAGCACAGGCACUGCUGCAGGAAACUGAAAAGCAUUUGAAAAGAGGGAAAAAGAAGCCAAUUUUAGAUGGGGAGAAAUUGACUAAACAAACCUUGCUUGAGCGAGCGAUGAAUGAGCAGCUCAAGGAGAGGCAGGAACAGGAGAAGAGACUACAAAAAGUUGCCAAAACAAUGGACCACCUGGAAAGGGCAAAGAGAGAGGAAGCGGCACCCUUAAUUGAAGCUGGUUUUCAACGACGAUUGGUAGAAGAGAAGGUGCUUCAUGAACGUGAGCAACAGUUGGAAGUUGAGUUAAGCAGACAGCACCAUGAUGGUGACUUGAGAGAGAAGAAUAGGCUGGCACGCAUGUUGGAAAAUAAGAUGAUAUUCCAAGAAAGAGUAAUGAGUCGUCGGCAAGCUGAGUUUGACCAACGGGGAGUAGAGAGAGAGGAGAGAAUCCAACAAAUCAUUCAGGCCCGGAAGCAGGAAAGAGAUAUAAAGAGAAAGAAAAUAUUUUUUGUGAGGUCUGAAGAGGAGAGAAUAAGAAAGCUGCAUGAAGAGGAGGAAGCUCAUAAGCGUGAAGAGGCUGAGAGAAGAAGGAAGGAAGAAGCUGAACACAAAGCAAAAAUGGAUGAGAUUGCUGAAAAGCAGAGGCAAAGAGAACGAGAAUUGGAAGAGAAAGAGAGGCUGAGGCGAGAAGCUCUCUUGGGAAGAUCAACAGAUGGGCUCUCUAGGCCUUCUGAGCUUCCUGCUGGGUCACGUGCAACAGAGCCUGGAGUUGCUGCUCCAGCUGCUGCUGCUCCAACUUCCGGGAAAUAUGUACCUAGGUUCCGGCGAGAAAGAACCGAAAGCUCUGGUCCAGCUCCACCUUCAGAAUCUGAUCGCUGGACUGGUGGCAGCAGGGCCCCUCAACCGCUAUCUGAUCGCUGGACUAGUGGCAGCAGGGCUCCACCUCAAGAUUCUGAUCGACUGGGUGGCACUGGCGGCAGCAGCAGGCCAGAACCCUGGCGGCCUUCAAGAGCCAGGAACCCGCAACGUGGUUGAUCCAUCUUCCAAUCUUGAAGGGGUGUGCUGAAAUACAAAUUUUGUACCGAACUAUUUACGGCUGUCAACUCGAGAAGUACACAGUAUUGUUUUUGAGGACUUAUAAGACCUGGUAGUUGCAUUAUGUUUAUUUUUCCUUGUGUUGGUCGAUUACUCCUUUUUGUAUGGCUAGGCUGAGGAAAUCUCAAGUUAUAUAGAACCUCUCCGACAUGUUAUGGUUGAAUUUUGUUUCUUAACGGUAAGACCUGUUUACUCAUAAUUCUGGAUCUUGUUAGUUUCUGUUGCUCAGGUAAGUUUUUGAGUGCAAGUGUCAAAGUUGUUGAGGAGAA